AUGGCUAGAGGCGGUCGAGGAAACUUUGGCUUAUCUUCUGGAAACAGAGGACGUGGGUCAUUUAGGAGUGGCUACCGUGGUGGUAACUCAUUUCGAGGUGGACGAGGGAGAGGUAGGGGACGUGGUAAUGCUUCUGGCACGGGCGAUUCUGCACCUCCAAAGAGGGACGAUGAUGGUACGCAGUUAGCAGAAAGAUUCGAACAAGUUAGAUUAGCAGACGAGGUGGACGAGAAACUAGGAUUUGCGCGUAUACAAGAGGGUGGCAAGCGAGAUGGCUGGCUGAUUAACAUGCAUCCCACCUUGAUUAAAGAUGCAGAUUACCCGUCAGGCAAAGCAGCAGUCGAUUUUUACUUCAUUCAAGACGAUGGUGGAAUGUUUAAAUGCACUCUCCAGUAUGAGCCUUAUUUCUAUAUCGCUUGCAAGAGCGGUGCAGAAACCAUGGUGGAAGAAUGGCUUAUGAAGCGAUACGAAGGAAUUAUAUGCCGAAUAACGCGUGACAGGAAAGAAGAUUUGAAGCUACCCAACCACUUGAUGGGACACCGCCGACUAUACCUUCAGCUGUGCUUCCGCAAUGUAUCAGAUCUCCUUACAGUGAGGCGCGACAUUGCUCCUCUUGCCCUGGCCAACGGUGCCAAACGCGAUGCGGUUGAUGCUUAUGCGGAGGUUGUUAGCGCAACAGCUAGUGCGAAUAUAAAUAUCGAAUUGGAAGGGGAAUGGGCCGAAUUCGGCGGAAGUAGCACCACUGGCUCCUCUUUCAGAGAAAGGGAUCCUGGGGAAUGCAUAAUCGAUAUCCGCGAAUACGAUGUUCCUUACUAUCUACGUGUCGCCAUCGACAACGAGCUGCGUGUGGGUCUAUGGUAUGCUGUCACUUUCACCGCAGGGCAGCCUUCCUUCACCCAAAUUGUGGAACGUGUCAAGCGAGCAGACCCCGUUGUGAUGGCUUAUGAUAUUGAGACGACGAAAGCUCCCCUCAAAUUCCCCGAUCAAGCCAUUGAUCAAGUCAUGAUGAUUUCAUACAUGGUUGACGGUCAGGGAUACUUGAUCACCAAUCGCGAAAUCGUGAGCGAAGAUAUUGAAGAUUUCGAGUAUACUCCCAAAGAAGGCUACGAAGGUCCUUUCAUAGUGUUUAACGAGCCUGACGAGGCAGCCACCAUGAUGAGGUUUUUUCAGCACAUCCAAGAGGUAAAACCUACUGUGAUGGCAACAUUCAACGGCGACUUCUUCGAUUUCCCUUUUCUAUGUGCACGUGCUAAGGCGAACGGCAUUGAUAUGUUUCUAGAGACAGGUUUCGCAAUAGACUCGGAGGACGAAUUCAAGUGCAGGACUUGUGUUCACAUGGAUUGUUUCCGAUGGGUCAAACGUGAUUCUUACUUGCCUCAAGGAAGUCAAGGCUUAAAAGCAGUGACUACUGCAAAACUAGGCUAUAACCCUAUAGAGUUGGAUCCCGAACUCAUGACGCCUUACGCUAUGGAGCAACCACAGGUCCUUGCGCAAUAUUCCGUGUCCGAUGCGGUAGCGACAUAUUAUCUUUAUAUGAAAUAUGUACAUCCCUUUAUUUUUUCGCUCUGCAACAUUAUCCCAUUAUGCCCGGAUGAAGUAUUGCGUAAAGGUAGUGGGACACUUUGUGAGACUCUUCUCAUGGUUGAAGCGUAUCGAGGUCGCAUUAUUAUGCCCAACAGACAUGAAGAUGCUCAUGGGAAUAUGCAUCAAGGCCAUCUACUUGCAUCCGAAACGUACGUAGGUGGACAUGUCGAAGCCCUUGAAGCUGGUGUGUUUCGAAGCGACAUCCCGAGCGACUUUAAAGUCGUACCAUCUGCAGUUCAACAGCUUAUCGACGACCUUGAUGCCGCCCUUAUGUUCUGCAUUGUCGAAGAAUCCAAGUCAUCUUUGGAGAAUGUUACGAACUAUGAUGAAGUUAAAAACGAAAUUCAAGCAGCUCUAGAGGUCAUGCGGGAUAAUCCCAAGCGUACAGACAAGCCACUCAUAUAUCACUUGGAUGUUGCUGCCAUGUACCCGAACAUCAUGUUGUCCAAUCGCCUUCAGCCAGACUCGAUGGUAGAUGAAUCCGUUUGUGCCGUUUGCGACUACAAUCGCCCUGGAAAAACUUGUGAUCGCCGGCUCGAAUGGGCAUGGAGAGGCGAAUUUUUUCCCGCCCAUAGAGAUGAGUUCAACAUGAUUCGGCAUGCCCUCAACCAGGAGAGUUUCCCGUCGAAGCGCCCAGGCGGCCCUCAGCGAAAGUUUGCUGACCUCACUGAAACCGAACAAACUGCGUUGCUGCAUAAACGCCUCGGAGAUUAUUCGCGAAAAGUUUACAAAAAGAUCAAAGAUACCAAAAUUGAGACACGAGAGUCUAUCGUGUGCCAGAGGGAGAAUCCAUUCUACGUCGAUACAGUGCGGCGGUUCCGAGACCGGAGAUACGAAUACAAGGGACUACAUAAGACCUGGAAGAAGAACCUUGAUACGGUCGUAGGCGAAGGGCGUUCCAUUGCUGAAGUUGACGAGGCGAAGAAGAUGAUCGUCCUUUAUGAUUCUCUGCAACUCGCACACAAGUGUAUCCUUAACUCAUUCUAUGGUUAUGUGAUGCGGAAAGGAGCAAGGUGGCAUUCUAUGGAAAUGGCGGGCAUUACUUGUUUGACUGGUGCAACAAUCAUCCAGAUGGCUAGAGCUCUCGUAGAACAAAUUGGGCGACCGCUGGAGUUGGACACGGAUGGUAUCUGGUGCAUGCUGCCAGGUGUAUUCCCGGAGAACUUCAAGUUCAAAUUAAACAACGGAAAAUCCAUCGCCUUUUCUUAUCCAUGCACAAUGCUUAACCAUCUAGUUCACGCCCAAUUCACUAAUCAUCAAUAUCAUGACCUUGACCCAGAAACGGGAGAAUACGUUGUUCAUAGCGAAAACUCUAUCUUCUUCGAGCUUGAUGGUCCUUACAGAGCCAUGAUAUUACCAUCUUCUAAGGAGGAGGAUAAAUUGUUGAAGAAGCGGUAUGCUGUAUUCAAUGAUGAUGGCUCUCUUGCGGAGCUGAAAGGCUUCGAGGUAAAACGUCGUGGCGAGCUGCAACUCAUCAAAAUAUUCCAGUCGCAGAUCUUCGAGAAGUUUCUCUUAGGAUCUACUACGGAAGAAUGUUACGCUGCUGUCGCCGAAGUCGCCGAUCAAUGGCUUGAUAUCCUCUUCAGCAAGGCAGAAACCCUGGGUGACGAUGAGUUGGUAGACCUCAUUGCAGAGAAUCGAAGUAUGUCGAAAACUUUGGCGGAGUAUGGCGGGCAGAAAUCUACAUCUAUUAGUACUGCUAAACGACUCGCCGAGUUUUUGGGCGACCAGAUGGUUAAGGAUAAAGGUCUCGCGUGCAAGUUCAUCAUUUCUGCACGUCCCAUGGGUGCACCCGUUACGGAGCGUGCAAUACCUAUCGCUAUUUUCUCUGCAGAAGAAUCCGUCAAGAGGACCUAUCUCCGUAAAUGGCUCAAGGACAAUAGUUUGACGAAUUUUGACCUGAGAUCUAUUCUUGACUGGGAUUAUUACAUCGAGAGGUUAGGGUCGGUGAUACAGAAACUCAUCACCAUUCCGGCUGCCAUGCAGAAGGUUACCAACCCAGUCCCUCGUGUACGUCACCCAGAUUGGCUUCAUCGCCGUGUAGCAGGGGCGAUCGAUAAGUUCAAGCAAAACAAAGUCACAGACUUUUUCAGCCGCAAUGAAUUUGACCGUCCUCGCAUCGCAGUCGUCAACCGGAAGCGUACGAGAAGAGACUCUACCCCACUAGAUGAAGAUGAAGAUGCAGAUAUAGAUGCACCCCUUCCGGAUCCGAGGAUCAGUUAUUUCUCUUGGCUUAGAGCAAUGAAACCGCGGUGGAAGAAGAGAAGAGAAGCCCGCUGGGGUGAUUCUACUGCAGCUGUCGUUCCAUCCAUGUUCAAGGGCGCACGAAUACGCACAAAUCAUCGCUGGGACAUUGUCCAAAUCCGACCAAGCAAGAUACAGGGCCGUUUUACUCUCUGGUUGUCGAUUGAUGGAGAACUAACCCCAGUAGCUUUGCGCAUUCCUCGUGUGUUUUAUCUCCAUUUAAAAAGUCUUCCAAAGGACGAUCUCUUCCAGACCGGCCACUAUUCCUGCGAUAAAGUCAUACGUAAUCUUCCUCGGGGGCUCCAUUGUUCUUAUCUGUAUAAGGUGACAGUCCGCGAAGAUGUAUACCAAGAAAUUCAAGAGCAUUUCACGGAUCUCAUUAAUGAUCCUAAUGUAGAUGGCGUUUUUGAACAACAGAUUCCACUGGUAAUCCGAGCAUUGCUCAAGCUAGGCAAAACUUGCAUCGCAGAUACACCGGGUAUGACACUCAAUCGUGCCCAAAGUAGCGGUGUUGAUUUGGUGCAACUUGACCGCGCUGGUUCCCUUUCUCGCCAGGCCUAUCUCGAUGGUGGAAGGGCUGGAAAAUACAUUUUCCUAUAUCAUGCCUGUUCAAAUAGCGCACCAAUCCAUGUUUUUGUGCUCUUCCUUCCGAGCGGCCCUGUGAAACUUCAUGUUGUCGACCCGGCCACUCGCCGACAGCCUAUUGUUCGGCUUCAAGAGCUCUACGAAGACCUGCUACGUAAACGGCAGGCAUCCUACGGGGGCAGCACUUGCAUCGAUUAUCCAAAGACUCGCGAAUUCACGACUACAUACCAUAAUAACGAUAUUACUGCGCUGAAAGCUAUUUCCCGAGAGCUCGGCCUAUUGGAAAAUAUGUCGUACAGUAUUGUGGUUUCGUCGACAAAAGAACAAACUUACUUUGACACUUGGGUCCCAAAAAUGUCGAAGUUUCCUGUAUUAUCGAUGUCCAAAACGAAGGCUGCCCAUACACUAGAUGUCUUUCCAUGGCAGACGCACGUAGCUCAGAAAUUGCUAUACCGAUAUUUGUCUGUUGGAGGAUGGCUUGAUCGCUUGGUCGUUCUUGCUGAUUACUAUGACGUUCCUAUUGGACAUAUUGAAGGAGAUCAACCUCUUCUACUUUCCGACAUAACGUUUGCAAGGCGACUAAUCCAGCAAGACACCGUGCUUUGGUGGUCUCCAUCAGAACGUCCCGAUUUAGGCGGUCUCGAAGACGACUUCCGACCAGUAGAAGAGCUACAAAAUACAGAAUUCAUGUCCCCCGGUUGUUAUUCUAACGUCUGUUUGGAUGUUGCGGUCCGCAAUCUAGCGGUUAAUUCGGUUUUACAUUCUGUGGUAGUUAAUGAAUUGGAAGGAAGUGGAGGAACAACAGCGUUCGACUCGGUUUCUCGGACUCUUGACGAGUACUCUACCGGGGAUGCACAGCGCGAUAUCACCUUGGGAGAAUCCAGUUUAUCCCCACAAACAUUUGGUAUCCUCAGGACCAUGGUUAAGGGCUGGCUCCUUGACAGAAUACAGGGUAAUUUCGACAGUCCUGCGACCUUGGCGAUCGACCAUUUCUGGCGAUGGGUCAGUACCAGCGCAUCCAAUAUGCAUGAUCCAAGUAUCCACCGAUUUGUACAUGGCCUCAUGAGGAAAACUUUUAUACAGAUGCUUGCCGAGUUCAAACGAUUAGGAGCGCAUGUUGUAUACGCCGACUUCAGCCACAUCUUGCUGGCUACAUCCAAACCACCUGGGACUGCUCAUGCGUAUGCCACCUACGUCGCUACAGCAGUGACGUCGCAUGAGCUAUUCCAGCACAUAUAUCUCAAGGCGGAACGUUUUUAUGAUUUCCUGCUUUUCAUGGACCCUGCCAAUAUGGGAGGUGUUGUAUGCGAAGAUCCUCUGGCAGUUGAUCCACCAGAAGAGCUUUCAAUCGAAAUGCGAUGGAAUAUUCAGACGUUUCUUCCUCCUGCCAUACAAGAUGACUUCGGCAAGGUCUUACAAUAUUUCAUAGUCGAGCUGUUCCAGAUACGCCAAAAAACCAACGAAGCUUCGCGCGUUCCGCUCCGUGUUCUCAAAAAUUCAGCCCCAGAUACAACGCAACGCGAUGCGGGCAAAGUUAACGAAAUGGAUGCUACCCGCGAGUUCAUAGCUAGGCGCCUUACUCGCAGGCUUCUUAAGGUCGUCGGAAGUAUCCAAGCAAAGCUGAGAGAUGCCGUGACUGACGAGGACUUACACGAGAAGUUUGAAUUUCCUCUACUCCCUGGUUCUCACCUUCAUCUGAUAAACCCUAUUCUGGAGUUCAUUAAGUUCACCUGUGCAGUUCUGGGUUUGGCGCAGGAGUACCGUAUUGAAGUGGGCUUAUUGAAGCGUAAUCUGCUCGACCUUGCAGGAGUACGUGAGUUCGCGACUGAGGCUAUCUUCCGUAAUCCUUGCGAGCCCUUGAGGCUGGCUAAUGUACCCUGCCGACACUGCGAUACCUUGCGCGAAUUCGACUUCUGUCGUGAUCCGGAGUUGAUGCCCAACGGUCUCGAUAUCACCCCACCACGCUGGCUAUGUGGAGGAUGUGGAGUCGAAUACGAUCGCAUAGCUAUCGAGCUUGAAUUAAUGCGGAUGGUGUGUUCCCUUGAAAGAUCUUUCGCCCAGCAAGACUUGCGAUGCGCCAAGUGCAAACAAGUCAGAUCAGACAACGUAUCUCGAUACUGUCAAUGUUCUGGUGCUUACCAGUUGACCAUGAACAAGGCAGAGGUGAGAAGGCGGCUCCGAACAGUGGUGAAUGUUGCCAUCGUCCAUGGAAUGGCAAAAUUGGCAGAAAUCGCCCAAGCUACAUUAGAGAAUUGGUGACCAGUCACUAGCGACAUCGCUGGUGAACUUUAAUUUUGCUUUCCAGAUACCUUUUGUUUUCAUACCCUUGAAAUGUCUGUAUACUAGAUAACCAUGUAUUUCGCUACAUAGCUACUAACAUAAAGGAGAAUAGAAAAACAUGAGCGGAAAAAACACUUCUCAUACAUAUAUCAUAACU